GCAUUGUCAGGGAAUUCUGCAAGGCUGUCAAGAGUUUGGCCUCCUCAUGAGUUGGUGAGAGUACAAAGAGACAGUCUGUUGUUACUCCUGCUUUUUAUGUGUGCGUAUCCUCAUGUGCUGUCUGCCUCUGUUUGUUGUGUCUGCAUGAGUGUGUGAACCUCUAGGCACCGCCCUGUCACUCUAUGGUUUUUUUUUUUUUUUUUUUUUUUUUCAAUAUGAAGGCCCUUGUGCAAGACCUCUAUCCUGGUGGUGGUAAGAGAACCACCGGGAUUGAGGCUUUGCCUAGCAGGCCGCUCCAUCUAUUGGUGGGGAGCAACACCUGCUGGAAACCGGGUCCAGCGUCCCAUAGCCCUGUCACUCUAUGUUAAUGUCCAGGAGCAAAUUUCUCCAGCAUGGUCAAACAGUGAAUAACCAUGGGAGCUGUCACAUGACACUGGAGAAAGCCGGCCUGCAAUCGAGAUCUGUGAACUGGGCUCUCCAGGUAAAUCUUACAAAGCCAUUCUCCCCAAAAAUAGGUGCCUUUUCCUGCUGCACAGUGCUUGGGCGGCUCGUAACAAACAGCCUCAGACAUUGUUGUGGUUUAACAAAGAAAGGUACAUGCAUGCCGUCGCUGUAACGUGAUCAGACUAUGAAUUGCCAUAGAAGAUUCUGCAUGGUAUGGUGGAAAGCAGAUGCUCCCACAUAGAUAACUCCUGGAAAAAGCUUCUUCUCGCCGAGAAUAACACCCCCCCCUGUUUACCGCGUGUGAGCCGUCAUUGCAUUCCCUGCAACAGACCGAGAGUUGAACAUCAGAGGACCUCUUCGCUGACCCUGUGAUCGCAGAUGGCUGCUGCGCCUGCAGUUGUGUUCAAACAUCGCUCUAGCUCGUCCCUUGCAAGUAUGCGUGAUCCAAUGUGGCAGUUUGCCCCUUCCACAAGUCUUUCUGCUUCGCAAAGACCCACCGUGCUCAACUGGAAUGUUCUUUGCAAAGAUGUAAGCAAUCUAUGUAUGAAUACAUCCUGGGAUGGCAAGUGAUCGCGUAGACGGCAAAUGAAUUCCAGGUGAGACC